UGCGUGCUCCUCAUUCAUCCCGUUUACCGAUCACCCUUUCCCACUCUCUCCGCACUAUAAACUCAGUUCGCUUACCUUCUUCUUUCGUGGUCGCUUGCAGGUCGGUGCACGACACUUUCGGGAUCGUUACUGGCCGUCGUUUCGAUGGGACACCUCAAGAUGGACGGCCAGAUGGAGGUCCGGGAUGCGGCCGCCGCAGGGCUCCGCAGCUUGGAGCGCGUCGUCUUCCAUCUCUCCCACCAGCAGUCGCCGUGGGAUUGCCGUGAGAUCACAGACCAGACGAUUGCCAAGUUCAAGAAAGUCAUCUCCGCCCUGAACCGGACCGGCCAUGCCCGGUUCCGCCGCGGCCCGGCUCAGCCCGCCUUCUCCGCCGAAGCAGAGGAAGCACCAGCGGUGCACUACCACGCGCUCGCUCGUCCGCCGCUGCCGCCGGCUGCGGUCGCGACCUCGAACCUAGAUCCUACAAAGCUGGAGGAGCACUUGAAAGUCUCGGCGGCGGUGUCGUCGGCCCAAAAGCCGCCUCUGGCGCCGUCCCACAAGAGGAAGGUCCCCGACCACGCCCACCCCCCGGAGGCCGCAAAACAAGCCGCCAGGCGCUGCCACUGCUCAAAGAAAAGAUACCCCUCCUCCGUCGCGCCGAAACUUAAUUUCGCGCAUCCACGCAUCUCCUCGCUGACACGCUCCGCGACGUCCUCUGCGUGCGACAGGAAGGACCGGGAAAAAAGGACGGUGCGCGUGCCGGCCGUCGGCUCGAGGAACGCGGACUUUCCGGUGGACGAGUACUCGUGGCGUAAGUACGGGCAAAUGUUCAUCAAGGGAUCCCCUUACCCGAGGGGGUACUACAAGUGCAGCAGCGUGAAGGGGUGCCCGGCGAGGAAGCACGUCGAGCGGGCGGCCGAUGACCCCUCGAUGCUAAUCGUAACGUACGAAGGGGUGCACCGGCAUUCCCCGAGCAGGCCCGCCUGUCGUUGACCUGUGGUGCUGGAUCUUAUCUUCACUUUUUUAUAGUUUGACCUGUCAAAUGUCCACCAGGAAAUGUAGACUUCAGUUCAGACAUAUGGAACGGCAAUUUUCCCCUUUAUAUUUGUUUUGACUUGUCAUCUCAAAGUCAACUGUGGUUGCUUUAUAUUUAUUUUUGAUUUCAUAAUUUGGUGUGAAUUACACACUCAAAUGGUUAGCCAAAGGAAAGAAGGGGUUAUGAUGUAAUUUCACCAUUACAUGAAAUUACAAAUAGGAAAAAACUUUUGAUUAGAUUAUUUAUUGUAAAUAAAAAUUGCACAUAGAUAAAAUAAAAUAUUUGAGGGUCAAAUGUAUGUGAGUGGUGGUCAAUGCAAAAGAUUUUGUUUAUUUGAUAUUCUA